ACGUGCACAGCCGCUGGGAGGGCCUUGUUUACACAAAUCUGCGUUGCGCAACACUCACAAGAUACCCCAACGAGACAAGAUAUCGCAUGCGCUAUAAACGGUGGCAUCGAUCAAAGUGAGACAAGCGACUAAUCUAAAACGGUUUUCAUUUUGUAACCUUAUGACUUGCGUGGCUGCGUCGUCUGCUUGAACUGAAAGGCGAUAUCCGCGAACACGUCGACGGGAGAAGUUUUUGUGGGAUCAGGAGGAUGAGUGAAAAUCAGCUUAUCAUUGACACCGACGUUGGCGUUGACGAUGCUCUGGCCAUUCUGCUGGCACUGUCCAAUCCCUCGAAGUGCAAAGUCGUUGCGAUUACUUGCGUAGCUGGCAAUGUUGGGCUGAGCACGGUUUACACAAAUGUAUUGAGGCUACUCAACUUCUGCGGGCAAGUACAAAACAUCCCCGUGUACAUGGGUUGCAAGACAGCGCUCAUCCAUCAUGCAACUCCUUUCCACGAGAACGCGCAUCCACCCCACGGGCACGACGGCUUCGGCGGUGUGGCCGAAGACUUCCCUCUGCCGAAGGACGACCUAGAGGUCCCCAGCGAUCAUGCCGCCGUCGCCAUGACGCACAUUGUUGCCAGACAUCCCGGUGCGGUGACGCUGGUAGCACUGGGGCCCCUGACCAACGUCGCGAUCGCACAGAGGCUGGAUCCCAAUUUCCUUCCCAAUCUCAAGGAACUGGUCGUCAUGGGUGGUACGGUGGAAGGCAAGGGGAACGAACACCCUGCGGCAGAAUUCAACUUUGCCUGCGACCCAGAAGCUGCGAGCAUCGUGCUCAGUGAACAGGAGUGCAAGACGCGUCUCGUGCCUUAUGAGACCUGCUUGAAACAUUCGCUGGACUGGGACUCUUACAGAGAGUGGACAUCCUGCGGAACAAAAAACUCCGACUUCGUCAAGAAGAUCACUGCGCAGUCUGCAGAAUGGCGGCGUGACACGCUGAAGCGUCACGGCUACACGUCCUGCGACCUGCAGGCGAUGGCCACAGUCCUGGAUCCGUCGGUGACACUGCGGAGCGAGAGCUACCCCGCCUGGGUGGAGUUGCACGGGGCAACCACCAGGGGGAUGCUGGUGUUAGAUCAGAGGCCCAGCUAUCGUUGGCACAACAAGGUUCCGCACAUCAAGUUACAGUUAGAGUUUGACGAAAAGUUGCUAAAGGAGAUGUUCAUGCGGAUGGUACUCUGAAGCGCACACUGCCGCUGUUGAUAGUCUGGAUGUAGUGGUUGGUUAUUAUGAUUAUCAUCGCCGUUUAGUAUUUUUUUUAAAUUUUUUGUACAGGGUUGACAAAAAUCCGGAAAAACGGAAUGUAUCCAUUACCAUGCAUUCACGCGAGCGACAUUCCCCCAGAAGCGGAAUAUGCGAAAAGCAUCAUAGCUUUCUGCUGUGUCUUCAUGUACACUGCUAACAGUGUGGAAUAUCCUGCUACACAGCCACAAGAUAUUCCGCAGCAGACGACAGGAAAACACACUGACUGUGUCGUCUGCUAAAUGCGCAGUACGCCACUCCCAAUAUUCCGCACCGUGUGAAUGCUCAACAUAACACGGGACGGAACUUCGGCUCUGCGAGCAGUGUUUUCACUUUUUCUUCCACUGGAAUGUUCCGUGAGGAUGUCUCUCGUGUGAAUACACGGUUACAGGGACACAAAAAUUUCUAUUUACACGGAGCGCUCAGAGAUAGUUGUCUUCGCGUCUCAUGCAAUGUGUAAGAACUGAGGAUUCUCAAAACUUGGGACAAAGUGUCAUUUUCUGCUCUAAUUUGUCCGGCAACCUGGAGGGAGCUCAUUAUUUUGUAAAGUUACGAGGCCAGUUUCCGAGCUACACAUAUGACUGCUGCCAACGCUGCAAUGGAAACUCCCUGUUGGGGCAUUACGACCUCAAACUAGAGUUGCAACUAACACAUGACUUCGGACAAUACACAGAAUGAUUAUUUUCCAAUGCCAGUGCAAUAGGGAAUGUGACUGAGUCUUGCAUGUGUUGAUCUUUCAUCCUCCCAGGCUUAUGUAUCUACAUUGUAUCUUUUAAUGGUUUGGGGUAUCUCCCACAUGGACUGUAUACUUUUGGCAACAAAAACAUUAACUUGAGUUGGCAAAAUUUUGAGCUUAAUACAGAAAAUUCAUAUCUCAUAUAUAUAUAUAUAUAUAUAUAUAUAUAUAUUCAUCAGAAUAUAUGGGUGCACUAUGUCAUGUCAUAUUACUGCGUCAUGUCCAUUAUGUAUGUGAUUAAUUUUGAAUGAGUAUGUUUUUCAAGAUGAAAGCCUCUAGCUUUCUGCGAAAAAGUAACGUUUCCGCGAACUCCGAUUUACGAAUAUCCGCGGGAUUCCGCGGGUAAGAAUACCCAAGCUACUAAAAUGUGGCAGCGUUCUCCGAAGAUCGCUUAGUGAGUCGUCCGCGCGCUUUUCCACUUUUCAGCGCGCAGAGAAAAUCUGACUCGACUCUGACAAUGUCACUCCGGACGUUCCUGUCGUCGAAUUUUUUUAGUUGCGGCACGUUGAGCACCAUAAUUGACAGCAAAGUCGCGACUGAUCGAGUCUAACCCGCAAAAAUGUCGCAGCUCGGUUGAAAUCCCCACGUAACUCCGUAAUAUAUCGAAUAUUCCGCGAAAAACCCACGAUUCUGAGGGAAACAGCAGGUUUCCGCCAGGCAUGCCCAAUUCCACGAAAUGUCGCUGAAAGCUAGGGGCUCAUUACAAGAUGUAGUACGAGGCAUUUACAUUAAUCCGCGACCUGUGACAUAUCCUCCAAUUUCUGUAUAGCACUCAGACGACGAACCUGAAAGAUUUGGGAUUUCUCAAAGUAGUAGAACUAUAGAAAAAUCUGGUUGUUCGAGAGGCAAAGCGUAAGCGGAAAACCAGGUGCAGGUACCUGAAGCACCGCAAAUCAACUUGCAGUAUUAAUGUGGAAGAGGUGCUUCUAUCACCAUAAAAGGUUUCGAUAAAUGCCCAAUCAUAGAAGCACUAGCGUUAGCGCGACAAAUAUUUAGGUGAAUGUAGUCGUCGCCGCUGUUAACAUAGAAUUUUUAUAAUCUUGUAACGUCCAGUUACACACAUAUCAUGUCAAAUACAGUCUAACCUCGUUACGGCGAACACUAAUGUUUGUUUCCUGAACAUUUGAGGAGGGGGGCCCUCCUGUGGUGGCUUGAAGAUGUGAGGACAAGGAAUUUGCCUGCGUCCGGUGUUUCGUUGCAGAAAAAAAAAAACUUUAUUUGAAUGACGGACGAUGAUGAUGAUGAUGAUUCGAGUUUUUGCUGGCUCAUCGACGACAAAGGUCAUAAUGCGCCAAAAUACUGAUAGUAAUAUGACAAAUUAAAAUUAAGUACUGCUAGUGAGAUGAUAUAUGAAGAUGUCUGAUACUGCGAAUAUAAAACUACAGAACAUUUCAAAUUCCAAUGCCCCUCAAAAACUUAAAACCACUAGUAAAGGAAGAAAGUAGAAUAGUAGUUGGAUAACAUACGUGCACAGUCGCGUAAGGUAAUUAAUUUAUGCGGGGACAAAAGAAUUACCUCGAUGUUAACACGUUCUUCAAUUUUCUUAAUUACCGAAUCCAACCGUGUCAACUUAAUGCAACACCUGGGAGUGUGCCCUAAAAAGAGAAAAAAAAAGCCGACAUGUUGAAUAUACUAUUGAUAACAUUGUUUAGAGAAUUCCCCUUUCCUGCAGCAGAGAUUACAUCGGCCAAAGGGUCGAUGUCAAAAAUGACCGAUUACCAUAGAUGAGCAUCAUCAGCUGAAAGAGGAAAAGAAGGCUGGUUGGAUAGACCUUUUUAAGUUCUCGCUUCUUUUCAUUUGUCGGCUUCAUGUCGGCUGCCGAUAUGGCUGGCAUUAUGUUCCGGAAUUUGUGAGCAGCAUUUAUUGUUUUCAGUACUGUACUCUUGCAAUGAAAAUCAUAUGUAACAAACAAUUUUGUAGUUACCACAAAGCUUCGCUAUAAUAAGGUUUGACGGUAAAUGUUGUAAAUGAGUACGAAAUAUUUUGUAAAGAAACUCUCGUUUACUAUCUUUGUCACAAAUAAACGAUUUACUCUCUGA